AUGAACCUCUUCCACAAGGAGAAAGAUCUCCGUCCAAAAGUUCGUGAUCUUCAGACUCGGUUACGGCGUGAACAAAGGAAGCUGGAUCGCGACAUCGUAUCCAUUCAGCAGAAGUCAAAACAGUGCGAAGUUGAGGUUAAGAAGUACGCCAAGUCCGGAAAUAUUGAUGCAGCUAAGAUUCUUGCGAAAGAGAUUGUAGCUUCCCGCAAGUCUGUCAACAGGCUCUAUCAAGCUAAGGCACAGAUAAACUCUGUCAUAAUGGAGCUGGAAAAUCAAGUCGCAAUGGCAAAGAUGGCUAGUGCUCUCAGUCAGAGUACUUCUGUGAUGCAAGCUAUGUCAAAACUGGUUAAGCUUCCUGAGCUCCGCACGACGAUGUGUAACAUGUCGAAAGAGAUGAUGAAGUUAGGUUUGAUGAAUGAGAUGAUGGAAGAGUCGAUAGAUUCAGCUUUGGAUCAGCCUGAGGAGUUGGAAGAGAUGGCACAAGCUGAGGUGGACAAGAUCCUCUUCGAGCUGACCAACGGUGCAAUGGGUAAAGCGCCGGAUGCCGUGACUGACACCCUGCCAGCUGGUGCUCAGCGGCCUUCCGAGGUUGCUGAUGACACCCUGGAUGACCUCGAGGAGAUGCGUGCUCGCCUCCAGGCUAUCCGUUGA